GUAAAUGCCGGUACAACGUGAACGCAUGCCGCAGCUGAUUUGUGCGACCGCGUGUCGUGGUGAAUGGCAAAAGAACAGCGGGCAUUUAAGAAGCAGCAGCAAUUAGUCCAAAUAGAAGAAGACUGGUUUAGUGAACGUGGAUUCAAGUAUUUUACUUUCAUAGAUAAUUAAAAUUUAAAACUACUUUAAACCGAAACAAAAACCGCCUAAAGUCGCCAUAUGACAGCUGGAAAUUGGCUCGCAGCGACAAUUUGCAGUGGAAGUGGAAGACGAAACAGAACUUACCAACACCAGCUGAACCAACAACACGCAACGUUGCCCGUUUUGACUCGCUCAUGAGUAUCUCUGUCGGCAGCAGUUGUAGCAGUGGGUCGCAGUCUGCGUAGCCAGCGAGCUUGACACGUAUCCACAAUAGAACCAACAUAGUCUGCACGCAGAAUGCGUCGUCCCAAUAUAAAAUGGAUGAUCAAGUCGGCAUUUUUGGUGCUGGUUUCGCUGAUGCUCUUCCUGUUCAUCACCAGCUGGAUUUCGUCAACGCCAUAUACAAAUAAGCCAGUCCAUCAUGGCAUCGAGCCUGAGCCCUUAAGACCUGAGGCACUGAGGUCUGGCGGCAGGCGAAUGGAAUAUCCCAAAGAAAUUCAGAUGGAUCUGCCGCUGCACAAAGUAAAGAACGAUGUUGUGCAGGAAGCGCCACAGGUGGAUCAGCCCGAAAAGGAAGACGCAGAAGAUGCAGAAGACGCACAAGAUCAAUCGGAGGCUGAUGCGCCGGAUGCAGCGAUCAAUAAGGUGGAACAAGGAAACGAGAAUCUUCAGGUUGCAGCACCCGACGACAAUCGACUGAAGAAGGACUGGCACGACUACACGGCAAUGGAGCGCGAUGCAAAGCGCGUGGGCAUCGGCGAACAUGGUGAGGCCGCCAAGCUGGACGAGAGUCUGCGUGACAAGGAGCAGGUUCUAUCGCUUGAGAAUGGCUUCAAUGCAUUGCUCUCCGACUCUAUAUCAGUGAAUCGCUCCCUGCCCGACAUACGGCAUAAGGAGUGCCGUAAGAAACAGUAUCUCAGCAAGCUGCCGAACGUGUCUGUGAUCAUAAUAUUUUACAAUGAGUAUCUGUCCGUGCUGAUGCGCUCCGUGCACAGCUUGAUAAACCGAUCGCCGCCAGAGCUGCUUAAGGAGAUAAUCCUCGUGGAUGAUUUCAGUGACCGUGCGCCUCUCUUCAAGCCGCUGGAGGACUAUGUUGCCGAACAUUUUAGCAUGGUGCGCAUUGUGCGUCUGCCACAGCGCACGGGCUUAAUUGGUGCACGCUCUGCGGGUGCACGGAAUGCCACUGCCGAUGUACUGAUAUUCUUAGACUCGCACGUUGAGGCCAACUACAAUUGGCUGCCACCACUGCUGGACCCGAUUGCGCAGAACAAGCGGGCGGCCGUCUGUCCGUUCAUUGAUGUCAUUGAUCACAGCAAUUUUAAUUAUCGUGCGCAGGAUGAAGGCGCGCGGGGCGCGUUCGAUUGGGACUUUUUCUACAAGCGACUGCCGCUUUUGCCAGAGGAUCUGAAACAUCCGUCGGAUCCGUUCAAGAGUCCCGUCAUGGCUGGCGGCCUCUUUGCAAUUUCCAGGGAGUUCUUUUGGGAGCUAGGCGGCUAUGAUGAGGGUCUCGACAUUUGGGGUGGUGAGCAGUAUGAAUUAAGCUUCAAGAUCUGGAUGUGCGGGGGCGAAAUGUAUGAUGCACCUUGCUCUCGUGUCGGUCACAUCUAUCGCGGUCCACGCCAGGGCGUAAAAAAUCCACGAUCCGGUGACUAUUUGCACAAGAACUACAAGCGUGUAGCUGAGGUCUGGAUGGAUGAGUACAAGAACUACUUGUACAACCACGGAGACGGUAUCUACGAUAAUGUGGAUCCUGGUGAUCUGACGGCACAGAAAGCCAUACGCACCAAGCUGAAGUGUAAAUCGUUCAAGUGGUUUAUGGAGAAUGUAGCCUUUGAUUUGAUGAAGAGUUAUCCGCCCGUUGAUCCGCCCGACUAUGCCAGCGGCGCCAUACAAAAUGUCGGCGAUAAUACACUGUGUAUAGAUACGCUAGGCCGUGUCCGACACAAUCGCGUUGGCAUGUACCGUUGUGCAAUUGAUCUGGUGAAGCCACAGCGAACGCAGUACUGGUCGCUAAGCUGGAAGAGAGAUUUGCGACUGCGCCGUAAAAAGGAUUGCCUGGACGUGCAAAUAUGGGAUGCGAAUGCGCCUGUUUGGCUGUGGGAUUGUCACGGGCAGCAAGGUAAUCAGUAUUGGUUCUAUGACUAUCAUACGAAGAUGAUAAAGCACGGCAAGGAAGGCAAACGCUGCAUGGAGCUGCUGCCCUUCUCCGAAGAGCUGGUGGUCAAUAACUGCAACGAAUCAAACGAAUAUAUGCGCUGGAACUUUGGAUUCGUCAACAAAACGGCGCUGGACAACUACACUGUAGAUUUAGAGCUUAUAUUUUAAUAGUCUUAAGAAUCGCUCGUCCCUUGCCAUGUACUUAAAACGCAAUUGUCAAGUCUAAUUUUGUAUUUUAUGUAGCUAUAUGUACAUAUGUAUUUGUGUAGACCUAUCUAGUUAGUAAGCAUACUUGGCGCACGUCGCGUUUCGCACAUUCCGGUUGUCAGUUAUAUUUUGACUACAAAUUAAAUAUGAGAACGUGUUAAUUUCUAUUUAUCGGCUGCUACCCCAUUUUGACCAGGCGAUUGAAAUUAUGCGUCCCUAUUUUCAUUUCUCAUUGUAAAUGUGGUUCAAAUUUUAACAAAGGGCAAUGGAAAUUUAUAUUUUGUUAAAUUGAAUUAAACCUGAAAUUCAAAUUUGUCAUUCCAAAAGUGCAUUCCGUGCAUGUACCUAACUUUGUGUGGAGCUAUCUGGUCUAUAAGCAAGAUUGAUCCAAGUUCCGUCUAACUGCCAAUUAUUACCUAAAUUAAAUUCAACUACAAAUAAAACAAGGUGUUUAAC